UCCCUUUUGAGUCGAGACGAUGAAGUGGCCGCGAGCGAACGUGUAGGCAGUUCUGUGAGAGACUCCGUGAGCGUUCCACCUCCUAGUGCUUCUGUGGCAUGGUGACUGUAGUUUAGUGAACACUCAGUGGUAUUCGUUAAAGUGAUAAACAUGGAUGUGGCCAUGAAGCUGGACUUCGACAGCUGCGACGACGAGGAGGCGAACACGUCGCUGCACACGCUGAGCUCGGGCUGCGACGCGGAGGACGGCGGCGACCUCUCAGGCGACGACCUCGGCGCGGCCAAGGCGCCCAGCCCUCGCGCCGCGCGCCUCUUCAGCCCCAGGAAGUGCAGGCCGGCGAACACACACACCAAGCCCGAGGACGAGGGCCCCCAGCAGGUGCUGGACUCGCCCCCCUACAAGAAGAUCCGCGCGCUGCGCCUCUUCGACUCGCCCGCGACGCCCAAGACCCUCCUGCAGAAGAGCGCCGCCGAGUCCUCCGUCAGCAAGGCCAACCCCCGGCUGCGGCUCUUCCCGGCGGGCAGGCCCAGACACAGACCCAUGGCCUGGACCGUCCCCGCCACGCCGCCGCCGCCCCCGCCGCCGCCGCAGACGCAGAAGGAGGCGAAGGCGGCGGUGAUGGAGGUGGCCAACAUCAACCCCUUCACACCCACGGGGAUGCUCCUCUCCUCCCGCAAGAGGACGAGAUCGCGGAGGGAGCUCGACGGCUCGCCGAGUGACACAAGCUUCCAAACGACUAUGGAUAUGAGUAUGGACGACUGUUGUUGCAACGACUCCUGUGACGAGUGCGAAGAUGAGACUGGACGACCAACCAAAAGAUUAGCCAUCCACGAAGCCAACGUCUCCAGAUACAAUCACGAAUUCUUAGAGUUGUCUCUUAUCGGCCAGGGAGAAUUCGGCAGUGUAUACAAAUGCAGACAUCGGCUGGAUGGCUGUGUGUACGCGAUCAAGAAAUCCUUAAAACCAGUGGCAGGUUCAGUUAAUGGGAGAAUAGCCCUAAACGAAGUAUAUGCACAUGCUGUUUUAGGCAGACACCCCCAUGUUGUCCGGUAUUACUCUGCUUGGGCGGAGAAUGAUCACAUGAUCAUACAAAACGAAUAUUGUAACGGUGGUUCCCUAGCUGAUAUUAUCGAAAGCAACAGAAGAACGGGCAGAAAAAUCAGUGAACACACACUAAAGCAGGUCCUCCUCCAUGCAGCGAAAGGUUUAAAAUAUAUCCACUCGUUACAACUGGUCCACAUGGACAUCAAGCCAGCCAAUAUAUUUGUUUCAAGAGAACAAAAGGUGAAUCUACAGGGUGAGGAGUCUGCAGAUGAUGGCUUUGAAGAGGAGCAAGUAGAAGAGGAGGAGGAAGUCACGUAUAAAAUUGGUGAUCUUGGUCACGUUACGUCGGUUGUAAAUCCAGAAGUAGAGGAGGGUGACUGCAGAUAUCUUCCCCGGGAAAUACUACAGGAAGACUUCUCACAGUUACCAAAAGCAGACAUCUUCGCCCUAGGUUUAACGUUGUAUGAAGCUGCAAGAGGCCAGCCACUACCCUUGAAUGGCGAUGAGUGGCAUGCCAUCCGCAAUGGAGAACUGCAGCCUCUGCCAGGAUACUCCAUGGAACUUCAGUUGCUACUGAAACAAAUGGUCCAGACUGACCCUGCAGCUCGCCCCUCAGCUGCACAGUUGGUACACCACAAUUCCUUCUGCCCUCCCACGAACAAAUCCAGGGCGGAGCUCAGAAGGGAACUGAAUGCUGAAAGAUUAAAGAAUGAAAUUCUCUCGCGUCAGCUGAAGGAAGCAGCUAACUGCCUCCAAAGUUUAUCUCCUAGUGUAGCUUCAAAUUUAGCGGCAGUGGCCUCAGGUGUUCUAGCAGGCGUUGCCGCUGUAGGUGUUCCCUCUUUACCUGCACCAAGAGCAGGACCUACCACUAGAAAUUCACGAUUAAUAGGCAAAAAAGAACAGAAGUGUGAGUACAAGUAAUUUCUAAAUUAUAGAAUAUUUUAGGAAAUUGUAUUGCAAGAUUCUAAUUUAAUUUGUCCUAACUCGUUAGUCUGUGAAUUAGUCAGUCCGUAUUAUUUUAUUGUAGUCAUUUUACAUGCAUGACAAAGAUAGAUUCUAUGCUCAUUCUUGGUGUCAAAAGAGUUUAUAAACUGGUGAGUUUUUUAGUGAGAAAUUUUUGUAGAAUAAUUGGUUUUCAUACAUAAUUUGUACAUAAAAAGUUUGCAUGAUUCUGCUCUCGAGUGAAAAGGUUAAUGGGAGUUAGACUCUGAAGAAGUGGAUCUAGUCUCUGUGCGUGAGUAUCUCAUGCCUUAUUAGUUUUGGAAAAAGAUAAAUGUGCCCAUCAGUCAUUCAGAAACCAGACGCACCAACCCAAUAAUCGAGCAGUGAUAUUGGGGUCUUAUGGAUUGGCUUCCAGAAUGUCAGAUUACCAAUUUUAUUAGGAUGCCUCUGCUUUUUGUUUAUUGGACUUUGAUAAUUCAAUGUUACUGUGAGGGGGGGCUUGUACUCCUACUUUGUUCACUGUAUAUUAUUACAUCUAUUAUGCAUUGUAACAAUCAUACAAUCUCGUGCCUUAAUAUUGUGAUAGUAGUUAUACCCUACCCAAUAUUAUCUAGUUUAUCCUUUUAUUACUGUGAAAGAUUGCUAAUUUUUUUAUUAAGCACAAAUGUUUUAUGGAAAUUUGUUUUCAUUACAUAUCAGUAUGUAUGUAUAAUAUGGAAUUCUUUUACUGAACAUAAUUGACAAUUUUUGUUUGACUAGUAGGCCAUGUAUGUCACAAAUAGUUUCCUCCAUCAGGUUUUUCAGGCUGUCUUCUGAUAAGACAUUCCGUAUACUGUGAUUUCUUGCCUUCUCUGUACUGUUUUGUAUAAAUAAAUUUUAUAUGAAUGUA